CAAAUGGGUGACGAGAAGAAGCCUAAAUCCCUUGGUGUUUGGCCCACCGUCAAGCCCUUCGUCAAUGGAGGCCUCUCUGGUAUGCUUGCGACUUGCGUCAUUCAACCCAUCGACAUGAUCAAGGUGAGAAUCCAGUUAGGUCAGGGCUCGGCAGGCGAGGUAACCAGGAACAUGCUUAAGGCGGAGGGAGUUGGUGCCUUUUACAAGGGUCUCUCUGCUGGGCUUCUUAGACAAGCUACCUAUACUACUGCACGGCUUGGAUCAUUCAAGAUUUUGACAAACAAAGCAAUCGAAGCUAAUGACGGCAAGCCCCUUCCUCUUUAUCAAAAAGCUUUGUGUGGGUUAACAGCUGGUGCUAUUGGAGCAUCUUUUGGCAGCCCAGCAGAUUUGGCGCUUAUCCGAAUGCAGGCUGAUGCUACCCUCCCAGCUGCACAACGCAGACACUACAAAAAUGCAUUCCAUGCACUGUAUCGUAUUGUUGGAGAUGAGGGUGUUUUGGCUCUCUGGAAGGGUGCUGGUCCAACAGUAGUGAGAGCAAUGGCGCUGAAUAUGGGCAUGCUUGCCUCUUACGAUCAAAGUGUUGAGUUUUUCAAGGAUAACCUUGGUUUUGGUGAAGCUACGACGGUUAUAGGUGCAAGUGCUGUUUCAGGAUUCUUUGCUUCAGCUUGCAGUUUGCCAUUUGAUUACGUGAAGACUCAGAUUCAGAAAAUGCAGCCUGAUGCUGAAGGGAAGCUUCCUUACUCUGGCUCUAUGGAUUGUGCCAUGAAGACCUUGAAAUCUGGCGGGCCGUUGAAAUUUUACACUGGCUUCCCUGUUUACUGUAUUAGGAUUGCUCCACACGUCAUGAUGACAUGGAUUUUCCUCAACCAAGUUCAAAAGUUCGAGAAGACCAUUGGACUUUGAGCUCUGGAACGACGGGGUUUCAUCUCGACCUGAACAAUCUUUAGGAGCGUUUCUUGCCCUCUUCAAGGUGGGCUAUGUUGUGGUUCUUCAUCUUGACAGAAAUCGCGCCCGUAAAAGUUAGACUUAUUAUUAUUAUCACUAUUUUUUAUCGCAAGAUCGACAUGAUAGAGUUGAGGGACUAAACUGUGGUAUUGAUUUCGGGUUGCGAUUGGCUUAUAGGAUUGUUAAAGAUUGAAAAUUUAGGAUUGCUUUUGGUUCAGGAAUCAGUGAGGGGACACAUUGAUUUGAUCAAAAUAAAGUUUGGGGGUACUCUUUUUGUUUGACAAAAGGGAUGCUGAUAUCAGUUUUGUCUAA